AACAGAAGAAAGAGAAGCAACCGGAAACAAUGUCGCUGCCACUUUGUUUUGGAGCCACACUUGUAACAACGAUGGGACUCGGUUGUCUGUAGUCAUUUCAUCCAUUACCAUGCGGUGAUCGCUGUCUGAGGACACAACAUGGAUCCCUCGGAGUCAGAGGUCGUGGACGCGGCUGGUCUGGACCCGGAGCGGAGUCCUAAACCCGAGCUCUCUGCAGCUAUGCGCGCUAAAAUCGAGAGGAACCGGCAGCGAGCGUUGAUGCUGCGGCAAGCCCGGUUAGCGAGCCGCCCUUCGUCCGCCGCGGAGGGGGCGACCUCGGCCAAAGUCUCCAGGACCAUCGACUCCGGCGCCGGCUUCUUCAUCGAGGAGGAGGAGGACGGAGAGGAAGAGCAAAGGGCCAGGAAGGUGGUGCACCAGCCAGCUCCAGUGAUCGAGCUGGACUACCUGGUGUGCGAUGACUGUCAAAAACCCUUUAUGGACUCAUACCUCAGCAACAGCUUUGACCUGUCUGUGUGUGACACGUGCAGAGACAACGAGGAGAAGCACAAGCUCAUCUCCAGAACUGAAGCCAAGCAGCACUACCUGCUGAAGGACUGUGACCUGGACAAGCGAGAGCCUCCACUCAGGUUUACGCUGAAGAAAAACCCUCACAACCCACGCUGGGGAGAUAUGAAGCUCUACCUCAAACUACAGGUGGAGAAAAGAUGUAUGGAGGUGUGGGGUUCGGAGGAGGCUCUGGAGGAGGCCAGGGAGACGAGGGAAGAGAACAAAGAGACGCAGAAACAAAAACGCUUCAACAAGAAGGUCAAAGAGCUGCGGAGGGCAGUCAGGAGCAGCAUGUGGACAAAAGACACCAGCGUUCACCAACAUCAGUACGGACCGGAGGAGGUGGUGGAUCCAGAGGAGGACCUCUACAAGAAAACCUGCACCACCUGCGGACAUGAACUCACCUACGAGAAGAUGUAGAAGGCACGCACACACACACACACACACACACACACACACACACACUGAGAAUAUAUUUGGUGCUUCUGUGGGGAACCAUGCCUCUCACAAACCAUUUCUACCUCCAGUAUUAUUCUUGGUUAUUUAUUUUCCUUGCUCAUUAAUAAAAUGUGCCAUCUUGCCUCUCAUCAUGCAAUACAGACAUUCUGCCAUCAUCCAUCAUUGGAUAAAGAUGUAGUGAUUCAUAGUAGAGCCCGACCGAUAUAUCGAUUGGCCGCUAAUAUCGGCCGAUAUUAGCCUUACAGACAUAUCGGUAUCGGACGAUAUUUUAAGAGCCCGUCCGAUAUUAUCGGCCAACUGAUUUGAGCCUUUAAAUGUGCAUUUAUGUUUUCCAUUUUAUGUAAAAUAGAUGUUUGUUAUAAGUUCUAUGUAUUUGGAUGUAUUUGUAUUCUCCAUUCAUAGUUGUUCAUGAUAAAAUUUAUGGUUAAACUAAAAUAUCAAGCCUCAAUUACAUGUCUUUGUCAUAAAGGUUUGAUAACAUCUUAAAAAUUAAAUUAAAUUAUAUGGUACUCCCAAAUAUCGAUAUCGGCAUCGGCUCCCAGAAAUCCAUAUCGGUCUGGCUCUAGUUCAUAGACAUUUGUCUGGUCUGAAGUUGCUGGGAAAUGGUUAUGUGAUAUUACACUAUUUCAGACGGUUUUCUGUUUAUAUCUUUGUUUUUACAUAAUGUAAAAGUUAUCACCUGAAAGCUAAUUCGAGUUAAAAUCUAAAAUUUAUGAAAUGCAAAAAAACAACAGGUUAGUGUUUAUUGGUAUGUUUGUACCAAUGUUUUUGAAAAAGGGGAAACCAUGAAGUUUUGCCUUAGAACCACUAGUUAAAGUUAGAAAUGUGCUGUUUUGACCUGUGGUCAGCCAGACAACGCGUUGGUGCUCCGUUUUUUAUAGUAACGUAUUGAUGUAAAAAUGUAUUCCUAAUCCUGGUGAGGUUUGCAUUUGAAUUCUUAUCUUCAAACAGAUUUUGUUGAAUAAAUCAAUUCAGGGAUUUGCUCUUGAAUUUCUCGGUUU